GCUGAUACACGAUUUGGUCCCCUUUGCUUGCCGUAGGAGCCGUGCAGUGAGGUUGCUCUGCGGGCUGACAGUUCGGGCGCCAUGGAAGUGAACCAGCCCAAGCAGGAACACCUACUGGCCCUCAAAGUGAUGCGUCUCACAAAACCAACUUUAUUUACCAAUAUCCCAGUAACAUGUGAAGAACGAGACCUUCCAGGUGACUUGUUUAAUAACCUCAUGAAAGAUGACCCUUCUACAGUGAAAGGAGCAGAAAUAUUAAUGCUGGGAGAAAUGUUAACAUUGCCACAGAAUUUUGGAAACAUCUUCCUAGGUGAAACAUUCUCUAGCUACAUCAGUGUUCACAAUGACAGCAAUCAAAUAGUCAAAGACAUACAGGUCAAGGCAGACCUGCAGACAAGUUCCCAGCGGCUCAACCUGUCUGCAUCUAGUGCUGUGGUGGCUGAACUGAGACCGGACAGCUGUAUAGAUGAUGUUAUUCAUCAUGAAGUUAAAGAGAUCGGCACACACAUAUUGGUGUGUGCUGUAAGUUACACCACGCAGACAGGCGAGAAGAUGUACUUCAGAAAGUUCUUCAAAUUCCAGGUCCUCAAACCUCUCGAUGUGAAGACCAAAUUUUAUAAUGCGGAGAGUGACCUCAGUUCUGUGACAGACGAAGUGUUUCUGGAAGCCCAGAUCCAAAAUAUCACCACUUCACCCAUGUUCAUGGAGAAGGUGUCACUAGAACCAUCCAUAAUGUACAAUGUGACAGAGCUCAACAGUGUGGUCACCAAUGGUGAGGGGUUGUCUACGUUCGGAACAAAGACUUACUUACAGCCACUGGACACACGACAGUACUUGUACUGCUUGAAGCCAAAGCCAGAAUUUGCUGAAAAAGCUGGUGUCAUCAAAGGGGUCACAGUGAUCGGCAAAUUGGACAUUGUAUGGAAAACCAACCUGGGAGAAAGGGGCCGACUACAAACCAGCCAGCUACAGAGAAUGGCUCCAGGAUAUGGGGAUGUGAGGCUUUCCUUGGAGACCAUCCCAGAUACGGUCAGUCUGGAGGAACCAUUUGAUAUCACAUGUAAAAUAACUAACUGCAGUAGUGAAAGAACAAUGGAUCUGGGUCUUGAAAUGUGUAACACUAAUUCUAUUCACUGGUGUGGAGUAUCGGGAAGACAGCUUGGCAAAUUGCACCCCAGCUCCUCGCUCUUCCUCACUCUGACACUUCUGUCAUCUGUACAGGGCUUGCAGAGUGUUUCUGGAUUAAGACUGACUGACACAUUUUUAAAGAGAACUUAUGAAUACGAUGAUAUUGCUCAGGUCUGCGUCGUGUCUUCGAAAGUUCAGGCAUAAAAAAAGUCUCAUCUGAAAGCAGUCCCUGAGAUUUUUCAACAUAAUGAAUGAAGACCAAUGUCUCCAGACGCACACAGUUCACACAAAUGACCCGAUGACAUGUUUACAGAUGAAGCAAGCAUGGCAUGUUUUAUUGUUUAAUGUUCGUUCUUCCGUCUGCAAAUGCCUUUUAUUUUUAAAUGUAAUAUGCAGUGUUUUAAAGCACCAUAUUUUAGCUAACACAUCAAAAAUAAAAUGUAAAUAUAAAUGUAUUUAUUUGAUAUAGACCUUUUCAACUUGCCUUGCACUGUAACAUAAAAUUUUACUUUAAUAAAAACUAUUUGUUAUUUGACCUCCUAAGAAACAUUUACUUAAAGUAAGCUUGUAACUAGAUACAUAAUACAUAAAGAACAAAUGCAGAAGCAGAGCCAAAAUAAGGAGUAAAUCCAGAGACCUAGUCAGCUGAAUGCAAAUAUGAAAUUUCCCUUUAAUAGCCAAGCUUGUGCUGCUUCUCUUUUAGUCUGUAAUGCUGCUCAUUUCAUUAAAGGACCAAUAAGCCAGAUCAGAGUUUUAAAGGAAAGGUCAAGAUUUGCAUGUAACUUCAGCUGUCUAUAACUGUACAUCUACUGACCAUGUUUUUAUUGAAAGCAUCCUCCGCUUAUCCACAAAUGUGUCAUGUGCUUAGUUUUAAUUGAUCUGGCAUGCUUUAACAUGACUUAUUUCAUGUGAGGCCAAAGGUUUGAGGGAUUGUUGGAAUCCUUGUACUCUAGUAUUGGCUUUAUCUAGAUGAGCCUUUUUAAAUCCUUUUACUUCAGCAGUUCUGCCUUUUUUUUAAUGUUGGGUUUUUGGGUGGAGUUGGACUGUCAUUUUGUUGAUACUGAUCAUAUUUCCACGGUCUUUAUUUAAAACUAAGUUAAAUUGGAAUCAAAUGCUAACGUCAUCAUAACUGAAGGCAUUCCCUAAUUUAAC